GAUACUCCGCAAUCUCCUAUCUAUUAAUUUCAUAAUUAAUGGCCAAGAGGUGUCAUACUGCACCCACCCAUCCUCAAUCUAGCAUUGUCGGUGGCAUGGCAUCCUGCAGAGUCUAUGCCAGAUAUUUUUGCUCAUCCUGGAUAGACAAAACGCUAAAUUCUGUAUCACAUUUCUUCACUGUUUCUGUGCUUUCCGUCAUUAUCGUAGCUCGGAAUCUAUAUAUAACCUCUUCUUCUCUGUUGACGCCCUUUCCAAACUACACCCUGCUUUGUUGAACACACCCUGGUGGUGACUUUGAUAUCCUCCAUUCAUAUUUUUCAGUUUGCAAUACACUGGGGCCGGCUACUUUGGGGAUGGAAACGAUUAAACUACUCUUCCUCUCUCCAGAGGUCAACCCGAGUAACCGAAAGGCAAGAUCCAUCCCGAUCCUCAAUCCAUUCGACAAGUAUGGCCGGGUCUACUUCUUUUCAUGGCUGGGAUUCAUGGUUGCAUUCCUAUCAUGGUAUGCAUUUCCGCCUCUGAUGACGGUCACGAUCCGAAAGGAUUUGAAGAUGACGCAGGCCGAAGUGGCCAAUUCGAACAUUGUUGCUCUUCUAGCGACAUUGCUUGUCCGAUUCGUCGCAGGGCCGCUCUGCGACCGUUUUGGUCCUCGUCUGGUAUUUAUUGGCCUGCUACUGUGCGGUUCUAUCCCAACCGUGAUGGCCGGGCUUGUCACCAAUGCCCAGGGCCUGAUCGCCCUGCGGUUCUUUGUCGGCAUCCUGGGAGGCACCUUUGUUCCUUGCCAGGUCUGGUGUACGGGAUUCUUCGAUAAGAAGAUUGUCGGAACCGCCAACUCCCUGGCUGCAGGAUGGGGAAAUGCUGGAGGCGGCAUCACGUACUUCGUCAUGCCCGCGAUAUUCGACUCACUUGUCCACAGCCAAGGCCUCUCAGCCCAUAAAGCCUGGCGAGUAGCCUAUGUCGUACCCUUCAUCAUCAUCGUCGUUAUAUCUUUAGCAAUGCUCUUCACCUGUGAAGACACCCCAACCGGCAAAUGGUCCGAACGCCACCUCUGGGCCGAAGAGAACAACCGAUUCGACGACAAGGUCGUGGACAUCAGCUCCGGGACCUCCUCCAGCCGCCCGUCUGGCCCCCCCUCAACGACCAACAUCGUGGCUGACAUCGAAAAGAAAGGGGCCCCCUCGCCACCGGAGUCUAUAGCCCCAAUUCCAGGCCAACUCGAAUCUCUCCGCAGUGAUACCGUCGUGGCCCCCACGUUCAAAGAAGCCAUGAACGUCCUCCUCAGCCUCUCCACCGCAGCCGUCGCAAUCCCCUACGCCUGCUCCUUCGGAGCCGAGCUCGCCAUCAACUCCAUCCUCGGCGAGUUCUACGCCGAGAACUUCCCCUACAUGAACCAAACCCAGACAGGGCAGUGGGCUGCCAUGUUCGGUCUCCUAAACGUCGUCUGCCGUCCCGCCGGCGGCUUCAUCGCCGACAUCCUAUACCAGCAUACACAGUCCGUAUGGUCGAAGAAGAUCUUCCUGUCUUUCCUAGGAGUCACAAUGGGCGCCUUUCAGAUCGCGAUUGGAUUCGCCGAUCCCAAAAGCGAAGCCACCAUGUUCGGGCUCACGGCCGGGUUAGGUUUCUUUCUAGAAGCAUGCAACGGCGCCAAUUUCGCCGUCGUGCCGCACGUGCACCCUUUUGCAAACGGCAUCGUUUCCGGCGCCGUAGGCGGAAUGGGUAAUCUGGGCGGCAUCAUCUUCGCAAUUAUAUUCCGAUACAAUGGCGCUCAGUAUGCGCGCUCGCUAUGGAUUAUCGGCAUCAUUGCCAUUGCGGCCAAUCUGGCCGUUGCUUGGAUUCGGCCGGUGCCGAGGAACCAGAUGGGUUGAGUGUUUUUUUUUUCCCCUGUCUGUGUUAGUUU